UACGGAUCUAAAAUGUAAUAUUUGGCGGUGUGCGUCUCUCUCUCUCUCUCUCUCUCUCUCUCUCUCAUGGCGAAGAAGAGGCGAAUGGUGCGAAAGCCUAGACCUAGGCUUCCUGAUAUUGAAUCUAAGGCUAGUCUGCAAGAAGACAAUGGAAAUGAGGGUGCUCUUAGUUUGAAUCUGGAAUGGUUUGAGGUAGAAGAAGUUGUUGUAAUGGAGGACAUAGGGCAUAGCAAUGCUCGACACUCACCUUUUGUUGUUGAAUUUCUUACUCCUGCGAUCAGUUCUAGCUGGCAAAGGAAGUGGAAUUGGAGCAAGGAGAGGAUAAUGAACACGGAAUAUUUCAAGAAUCUGCCGAGAAUCUUUUGAAUUUUUUUCGCUAAAGAGAAGGUCCUUAAUCGCAAUUCUAAGCUGACCUAUACCAAACCUUUGAUAAAAAAAUGCUAGAAGAUUGCCCAAGUGGAUCUUGAGGAGGUCAAAGAACAAGCUGAGACAUGAAAUUUUGCAGUGAUCUAUAUGAUACUUGAUGCUAAUCCUCCUAUGACAAUUUUUGAAGGUUUCAUCAAGCGAAUUUGGAGGCAUCUUGGGAUUGUGCAGAUAGCAAGAAUGUCUAGGGGCAUGAUCAUGGUUAAGUUCAAUGAUGAGACAACCAGGAAUGAGGUGUUAGAAGCUGGGGUAGUGCAAAUUGAUUGAAAGCCAGUCAUUGUUUGACCUUGGACAACUGACUUGAACUCUGUUAAGCUGGUUAGGUCAGUCCUUCUAUGGAUUUGCUUACAUGAUUUAGGGCUCCAAUAUUGGGAAAACAAAAGUCUUAGUGUCAUAGUUAGUACUGUUGGGAAACCAAUUAUGGUAGACCAACAUACUAAAGAUCAUACUAGGGUCCAAUUUGCUCAAAUCUUGAUUGAAAUGGAUAUUACGGAUGACCCCCCGAGAUCUCUCCAGUAUCUUAAUGAAUUUGGGCAAUUAAUGGAGCAAAGUAUAGAUUAUGAAUGGCUCCUAGUUAAGUGCAAGAAGUGCUCUAGGUUUGGCCAUAUUGCGGUUGACUGUCAAAAAGAUGAAAUGAGAAAGAAGCCUAUUGUUUUUGAGAAAUUGAAACCAGUUAAUAGGUUCCAUUUGCUAAAACUAAUUUUGACCAUACUGAAGUGGCAUCUAAGAGUGGUCCAGAUCAAGAGCUAUGCAGAGUUGAAGCCAACACUGACAAAGAUUGGCUUACUCCAAAAAAGACAGGUCAUGGGAAAUUGCUUAAAACUCGAAGCGCUAAUGUUGAAGAUGGUCAUACAAGAGGCAAUGCUUUUAGUGCCUUGCACUAUCAUGAAAGCAGUUUAGAGAUCGACUACGUCUGAGAAAUUUAGGGAGGAACUAAAUUGACAGGUAAAAGAGAGAGAAGCAAGGAAGGAAAAAAGAAUACAAGCUGGAACUGGGUUGAUUGCUGAAGCGGUGCUAAAGCAAUGCUGAAGUGAAUUCAGCAUCCUGGCAGUGACGUGGAAUCACGAAUUUCACUUAUCCACCUCAUCAAUUUCGGUCCAAUCACUCAAAUUGCAUCAGCUAGCUGACAUGGAAGAAAGGAGUCUCACCCUAGUGGGCCAAAGUGGAAAAGUUGGGCUUCUAUUUUGGGUGAGGAGGUUGGUACCCUAAAAACCCAACAUCAAAAAGAAAAGGAAAGGAUUAAGUACGGGGGUCAUCUUCAUCAAGGAGGAGGGGACAGUACUUGAGCAGCUGCAUAUUUUUCUAGAGGAGCUUUUAUUGCAGCAGCAAGUACACGAAGAAGAAAGAAGAGGGGACCAAGCCUAGUGUUUGAAUUUUCUUUUACCCUUUCUUGAUAGUCUUCUUUAUUUUUCUCUUGGUUGUUGUUGUUUGUACUUAGUAUUCAAAACUUUUGUAAAUUGUAAGUUUGGGCAGCAGCCAUGGAUGUAGUGUUUUUAACUUGGAUUUUAACUUUUUAUUUGAAUAUGAGCUAAGCUUUUGAGGCUUGAAUGACUAUGAACUUCUAAGUUGGGUUUGAUUAAAUUUUAAGCUUACUUUAGUAUUUGUUUGCCUUUGUUCAUUCAAGUGAGUUUCAUUUUAAUUGAUUGUUGUUUCUUGGCCAUGAAUAACAAUUUGCUAAGCUAGAUCUUGUACCGGAAGGGCUAGAUCUAGUAGUUCAACUUGAAUGAAGCAAGUGAAAACCUAGACUUAGGCUUUUCUUGUAAGUGGGAUAGGAAUAUUUCAUUUGCCUUGCAUAACUCACCAAAUUAAUGCUUGAAUAGUGUUCUGCUUGCUGGUUUGAUAUAGGAAUAUAUUAAGCUAAAUGGUAGAAUUGAAGUUGAGAGUGUUGGAAAAUUCUCACAAGCCUAGAGGAAUUUGUUGUUAUCUCUGUGCAGAAUGCUGAAGUAAUGCUGAACCAAUGCUGUACUGACUGUAAAAAAAACCUGACUAGAAGGAAUUAGUUAUUCAAGCCAUUUUUGCCAUAUUAUAUUUUUUAUCUUGCAACCAAUUUGUUUUCUAGUAGCAGUAGUUUAAUUCUAGCAAGUUUAAUUCAUGUCAUUUUUAAUUUUGAAUCAUUACUCAACCAUUUGCAUAUUAUUUCUUUUUAUUUUAAGUUGUAAUUAGUUGAUUUUAUAUCAAACUUUGUUUGCAAUCCCUGUGGAGACGAUCUUACUUAUCACUUUAUUACUUGUGUGACUGCGUAUACUUGCAUAUAUAAUUUUCACAACAAGUUUUUGGCGCCGUUGCCGGGGAUUGAAACUAAAAAUUGUGUAUUAUCAACUAUUUUGCAAUUUAUUUUCUGGUUUAAAGUUUUAAUCCUAUUUUGGUGCGCUGAAUUUUUCUUUUUCAGGUGUAAUCUAGUGUAUGAACGAGCAAGAAGAAGACCUUGAACUUGCUCCUAUUGACCCCGAAAUUGAACGCACUUUUAGACAAAGGAGGAAGGAACAAAAGGCUAAAAAACGCUGCAAUAUGGCCGAUGGGUUUGAAAUUGGGGGUGCUCAUAAUGAAGCCAAUCCUAUUGCUUUGGCCGAUGAUAGAGCCCGAGCAAUAAGAGAGUAUGCAGCCCCUAUGUUCAAUGAGCUAAAUCCGGGUAUUGUGAGACCCGAAAUCCAAGCACCUCACUUUGAGCUCAAGCCCGUCAUGUUUCAAAUGCUCCAAACGGUUGGUCAAUUUGGUGGGUCGCCAACGGAAGAUCCUCACCUCCAUAUUCGCUCAUUUUUGGAGGUGAGUGAUUCUUUCAAGCUACAAGGAGUAAGUGAAGAGGCUUUAAGAUUGAAGUUGUUCCCAUUUUCCUUGAGGGAUCGGGCUAGAGCAUGGCUUAACACUCUUCCUCCCGAUUCGGUGACUAAUUGGAAUGACUUGGCUGAAAAAUUCUUGAGAAAGUACUUUCCUCCAACAAGAAAUGCAAAGUUUCGAAGCGAGAUCAUGUCCUUUCAACAAUUGGAAGAUGAGACUACUAGUGAUGCAUGGGAAAGGUUCAAGGAGUUGUUGAGGAAGUGCCCACACCAUGGUAUUCCCCAUUGUAUCCAACUUGAGACUUUUUAUAAUGGUCUCAAUGCGGCUUCUAGGAUGGUGUUGGACGCUUCGGCUAAUGGAGCCAUUCUUUCCAAGUCUUACAAUGAAGCUUUUGAGAUUUUGGAAAGGAUAGCUAGCAACAACUAUCAAUGGUCAACUAAUAGAGCUCCUACAAGUCGAAAAGUAGCGGGUGUUCUUGAAGUAGAUGCUUUGACCGCUCUAACCGCUCAAAUGGCCUCAAUGACCAAUAUUUUGAAGAACAUGAACAUGGGAGGAAGUGUACAACCAGCCGCUGCCAUUCAAAGGGCAGAAAUCUCUUGUGUGUAUUGUGGUGAUGGGCAUACUUUUGAAAAUUGCCCCUCAAAUCCAGCUUCGGUGUGUUAUGUGGGUAAUCAAAACUUCAACCGCAACAACAAUCCAUACUCAAAUUCCUACAAUCCGGCAUGGAAGCAUCAUCCGAACUUUUCAUGGGGAGGUCAAGGGGCAAGUUCAAGUGGAGCACAACAAGCACAAGGAAAGCAAUCAUUUCCACCGGGUUUUUCUCAACAACCAAGACCUCAACAACCUCACCAACCUCAAGGCUCUCAAACUAGUUCUUUGGAGAGCUUAAUGAGAGAUUAUAUGGCCAAGAAUGACGCUGUAAUUCAAAGCCAAGCAGCAUCUCUUCGGAAUCUUGAAGUUCAAUUGGGGCAAUUGGCCAAUGAUUUGAAGAAUAGACCACAAGGCACCUUGCCUAGUGACACCGAAAAUCCAAGAAGAGAUGGGAAGGAACAUUGCAAAGCGGUAACCUUGAGAAGUGGAAAAAUAAUUGAGUCAAAUGUGGCUGCAAAAGGCAGUAAAGAGCCCUCUUCAAUCCAAAAAGAGGGGGAAAUGAAGAAAAAACCAGCAACUUCACCGCUGAAAUUCCCCAUAGUUACGGCAUCCGGUCGACAUUCUGCUGCAGCAAAGCCUUUGCAAAAGCCACCUCUACCAUUUCCUCAACGAUUCAAGAAGCAGCAAGACGAUGGGCAAUUCCGGAGAUUUCUUGAUGUUCUAAAGCAGCUCCACAUCAAUAUACCUUUAGUGGAAGCUUUAGAGCAAAUGCCAACCUAUGUGAAGUUUUUGAAGGAUAUCUUGACAAAGAAAAGGAGGCUUGGGGAGUUUGAAACUGUCGCCUUGACGGAGGGCUGUAGUGCCAUGUUGAAAAGUAAAAUCCCACCCAAAUUGAAAGAUCCGGGUAGCUUUACAAUUCCAAUUUCUAUUGGGGGUAGAGAUGUUGGAAGAGCUCUUUGUGACUUGGGAGCUAGUAUUAAUCUCAUGCCGAUGUCUACUUUUAGGAAGUUGGGAAUUGGAGAAGCGAGGCCAACCACCAUCACUUUGCAAUUAGCGGAUCGUUCCAUGGCUCAUCCGGAAGGGAAAAUUGAAGAUGUGUUGGUGCAAGUGGAUAAAUUCAUUUUUCCGGCUGAUUUUAUCAUUCUAGACUAUGAGGCCGAUAGAGAAGUUCCGAUUAUUUUGGGACGGCCAUUUCUUGCUACCGGAAGAACCUUGAUUGAUGUACAAAAUGGGGAACUCACUAUGAGAGUGAAUGAUCAAAAGGUUACUUUUAAUGUGUUCAAUGCUAUGAGAUUCCCGGAUGAGAUUGAAGAAUGUUCACGUUUGAGUGUGAUUGAUUCUAUUGUGGCUGAAAGUUUUCACAAGGAAGUGUGGAAGGAUGAGAAGGUGAUAAGUUCUCUUGAAGAUCUUGAAGCUUUGAGUGAAGAUGAAGAAACCCAAGUUGCUUGGGUUGAGCCGAUGCAACCUUUCCCUAAAUUCAAGAGAUCUUUUGAGUCUUUAGAGUUGAAAGAAAGCAAUUUCAAGCCUCCAAAGCCUUCCAUCCAAGAACCACCAAAGUUAGAGCUGAAACCUUUGCCAAGCCACCUCAAAUAUGCUUAUUUGGGGGAGAAUGAAACGCUGCCAAUAAUUAUUUCAGUGUGUUUGGAAGCUGAAGCUGAAGGUUUGUUGCUAGAAGUGCUGAAGAAACAUAAAAGAGCGAUUGGGUGGACUAUGGCAGACAUAAAAGGGAUUAGUCCGGCGAUUUGCACGCACAAAAUAAUCCUAGAAGCUGGCUGUAGUAACUCCAUUGAGCAUCAACGAAGGUUGAAUCCUGUUAUGAAGGAAGUAGUGCGAAAAGAAGUGAUAAAGUGGCUGGAUUAUGGUAUUGUAUACCCGAUUUCAGAUAGUUCAUGGGUUAGUCCUGUCCAAUGUGUGCCAAAGAAAGGAGGAAUCACGGUGGUGGCUAAUGCGAACAAUGAGUUGAUUCCUACUCGAACUGUGACAGGUUGGAGGGUAUGUAUGGACUAUCGGAAGCUCAACAAUGCUACUCGGAAGGAUCAUUUCCCGCUGCCAUUUAUUGACCAAAUGUUGGAUCGUUUGGCGGGAAAAGAGUUUUACUGCUUUCUUGAUGGUUAUUCGGGUUACAAUCAGAUUUCUGUAGCACCAGAAGAUCAAGAGAAAACCACCUUCACUUGUCCAUAUGGCACCUUUGCCUUUAGGAGGAUGCCAUUUGGCUUGUGCAAUGCUCCCGCGACUUUCCAAAGGUGUAUGAUGGCUAUUUUCUCGGAUAUGGCUGAAAGUAUUUUGGAGAUAUUCAUGGAUGAUUUCUCUAUCUACGGGGAAUCAUUUGGGAUUUGUUUGGAGAAUUUGGAGAGAGUGUUAGCCAGAUGUGAAGAAACCAACUUGGUGCUUAACUGGGAGAAAUGCCACUUCAUGGUUCAAGAGGGUAUUGUGUUGGGUCACAAAGUGUCUAGAAAGGGGAUAGAAGUUGACAAGGCAAAGCUAGAAGUGAUUGAAAAGUUACCAGCCCCUACCACGGUGAAAGGCAUAAGAAGCUUCCUUGGACACGCGGGUUUCUAUAGGCGCUUCAUUAAAGACUUUUCUAAGGUGUCCAAACCCUUGUGUAGCUUGCUUGAACAAAAUAGGCCAUUUGAGUUUACCGCUGAAUGUAAUGAAGCAUUUUCAAAGUUGAAGACAGCUCUUGUUACGGCCCCCGUGAUCGUAGCACCCGAUUGGUUAUUGCCCUUUGAACUCAUGUGUGACGCAAGUGAUUUUGCCAUUGGGGCUGUUCUUGGACAGCGGAAGAAUAAGACCUUUCACUCCAUUUAUUACGCAAGCAAAACUCUUGUUGAUGCCCAGAUUCACUACACCACUACUGAAAAAGAGUUGCUAGCGGUGGUUUUUGCCUUUGAGAAAUUCAGAUCUUAUCUUGUGGGAACCAAAGUUGUUGUGUAUACUGACCAUUCGGCAAUCAAGUAUUUGAUAGCCAAGAAAGAUUCUAAACCGAGGCUCAUUCGUUGGGUUUUGUUGCUACAAGAGUUUGAUUUGGAAAUUCGAGACAGAAAAGGGACAGAAAACAAAGUGGCGGAUCAUCUCUCUAGGUUGGAAACUAACAACCACAGCAGCCACUUAGAAGGAGAAAUACAAAUUCAAGACUCAUUCCCAGAUGAGCAACUGCUAGUGGUAGAGCAAACACGGGUACCAUGGUAUGCAGACAUUGUCAAUUACUUAGUUGGAGGUGCCUAUCCACCUGAUUUUACCAAGCAAGGCUCAAACAGUUCCUUCAUGAUAGCAAGUUUUAUUUUUGGGAUGAGCCAUACUUGUACAAGCAAUGCCCAGAUCGUAUAA